AUGGAGCAUUAUUUGCGUGACGAUGAAAUAGAAAAGGCCUUGGAGGAGAUCUUUGGGAUUCCAGAUGAUGGUUCAGAAGACGGAAAUGAGUCUGAUGAGGCAGAAGAAUUCAAUGUGAACAAUAUUCAAAGAGUUCUGGAAGAUAAUAGUUCUUCCACAAGUUCUCCUGCGCCGGAGCAAUCAGAAUACACACUUAGAAAUAGACCAGAGCCAGAGCCUUCCUCAUCACAUUCAACUUCUGCUGGAAGAUCAGAUUACUCACAUCAGGACGAGUCUUUGAGUAUUGAAUCUACCCAACAGAUCCCAGAAUUACUGGAGGAAGAACCUAGUGAUGAAUCAGAAUGUGAAGAUGAGUCAUGGGGAAAAAAUAUGUGGGAUUCCCGGCCAGAUCCUGAAUUUGAUGAGGUAACAGUACAACCUAAGUAUCUUAUGAAUAGAAAAGCCCGUCCAGUAGCCCACUUUGAAAAGUUUUUCAACGAUGAUGGCUUUGAUUUGAUUAUCACUCAGACGAACUUGUAUGCGGAACAGGAACGGAUAAAGAAUUUGAGUCCUGUCGACAAAGCAGAAAUUCGUGCUUUUUUGGGCAUUUUUAUUAUAAUGGGAUAUCACAUUCUGCCCCAAAUAGAUUUGUAUUGGUCAACAGACCCUGGCUUUAGAGUAAACGAAGUUGCUGAUGUUACGACGGUAAAACGUUUCAAGAAAAUAUUACAGGCACUUCAUUUGAAUAAUAACAGAGAACAACCCGAAAGAGGAAGUCCCGAUUUUGACAAAUUGUAUAAACUUAGACCUCUCAUAUCAUUACUCAAUGAUGCAUUUCAAAAUAAUGCUACCAACUCAUCAUCACAGAGCAUCGAUGAGAGCAUGAUCCUCUUCAAAGGUAGAUCCAGCUUGAAGCAGUAUAUGCCGUUGAAACCUAUAAAAAGGGGAUAUAAAGUGUGGUGUUGCUGCGACAGCAGCACAGGGUAUCUAUAUAAUUUCGAAAUUUAUACAGGUAAAACGGGACAAGGAACAGAAUAG